CCCCUCCCCCCCCCAGCAGAGAGACCCCAGCAGCAGCAGCAGCUGAUGAUGAAGAGAGAGGCAGUGGCAGAGGGGGGGCACCUUUUAUUUCUAUUUUUAAAGGGACAGGACACUAAUUUUACCCCACUUCAACCUUGAAUUGAGGGGGGUGGGGGGAAGGCGGCUGAGUUCCUUCCCCCACCCUCCAGCCCUGAGACCUGAGAGGGGGAUUGAGCCUGAGAGAGAAGAAGAAGGAGUUUCUUCUUCUUCGAAAACCCCCAUCCACGACUCCUACCCCCUCACCCCUCCACUAGCCUCCCUCCCGAGCCCCCUCCACCCUCCUCCUCUUUGGCCGUGAGAGGAGGAGAGAAAGAGACCAAAAGCCUCUUAGCAACACAGACCCUUCUCUGCUGCUGCUGCUGCUGCUACUGCUGCUGCUGCUUGGCCCUGGCUGGAGACAUCUCACUACACCCAGGAGCAGCCACUUCCCCAGCUCUCCUCCUCCUUCGCCUCCUCCUCCUCCACUCCCCCCCCUUUAUUACCCUUUGUGUCAUCCUCCACAGCUCCAGGGAAGGCACUCAAAAGUGGGGGGCAGGAAAGAUGCUUAUUGAGGAUGCCAGUUUCUGCAUAUGGGAAGUAGAUAUUGAAGGUUAUAUGGUUUACAGACAAGAUCUUUAAAAUAUAGAUACUCAAGAGAGAAGAGGUACUCCCUUAUAGGGACUCAUAAAGGCAUAGAGCAUCUAGAGAUUUACUGCCUCCAUUACGCUGCUGGCUCUCACAGCACUUGUUAUGUUUUUAUCAGUUUCUCUCCAGAAGGCUACAUUAUUGGAAUUUUGAAGACAUGAAAACAUCAGAUGAACCAACCUGCAACAUCUUGGAUUCAGAUUGGAAGAUGAAGAGAAAGUUUAAAGAAUGUGGCCUCUAAAGGCGGGUAGUACCUGGAAAUAUUAACCGACUCACACUGUAAAAAUGAGACCGGUUUCUAGACAAUAGAGGUUAUUUUAGUCUGACAUCAAGGUUCAAGACAAAAUGUUGAACUAAAAACUUUACACUCCUCCCCUCCCCCACUUCAGACAGGUACCAGCAUUGGUGAAUAUGAUUUUCCUUAGUCAGAAGCACUCAUUUUUACCCAUGUAGACCAUCCUUAGGAAUUAAAUAUUGGUUAUUUAAUGUAGAUUAUAAUGGGAAACUGAUUUUUUCCACAAUGGCAGAUUUCAAGGACUUGGUUCCAAACUGAGCCGAAGCUUCCCAAUGCAUUUUGUACAGUCUGGGAAAAACUGUGCUGCACUGGCCAUUUUUGAAGGCCAUCAUGCCCUGUAAUAUAAGGAUAUCAUCUUAUUGCUGAUAUCUUUGGAAAGUCCCAAGCAGACACAGAAAAUGAAUGGAGGCAAGGACUGUGACGGAGGGGACAAAGAUGGAGGUCUUCCAGCUAUACAAGUUCCUGUGGGUUGGCAGCGUCGUGUGGAUCAAAAUGGAGUGCUUUAUGUCAGUCCCAGUGGGUCUUUGUUAUCUUGCUUGGAGCAGGUUAAAACAUACCUGCUUACUGACGGAACAUGCAAGUGUGGCUUGGAAUGUCCUCUUAUUCUUCCCAAGGUGUUUAAUUUCGAUCCUGGAGCUGCUGUGAAACAGAGAACCGCAGAAGAUGUUAAAGCAGAUGAAGAUGUCACAAAACUAUGCAUACAUAAAAGAAAAAUCAUUGCAGUGGCCACACUUCAUAAGAGCAUGGAAGCCCCACAUCCUUCUCUGGUGCUCACCAGUCCUGGGGGAGGAACAAAUGCAACUCCAGUAGUACCUUCUCGGGCAGCAACUCCAAGAUCUAUAAGAAAUAAGUCGCAUGAAGGAAUUACAAAUUCUGUAAUGCCUGAAUGUAAGAAUCCUUUCAAGUUAAUGAUUGGAUCAUCCAAUGCCAUGGGAAGGCUAUAUGUACAAGAACUGCCUGGAAGCCAGCAACAAGAACUCCACCCCAUCUACCCCCGGCAGAGACUGGGCAGCAGUGAACACGGACAGAAAUCUCCAUUCCGUGGCAGCCAUGGAGGCCUCCCCAGCCCAGCAUCGUCAGGUUCCCAGAUAUAUGGAGAUGGCUCAAUCUCUCCAAGGACUGACCCACUUGGAAGCCCUGAUGUUUUCCCAAGAAAUAAUCCUGGUUUUCAUGGAGCUCCCAAUUCUAGUCCUAUUCAUCUAAAUAGGACUCCUCUUUCUCCACCUUCAGUAAUGCUACACGGUUCUCCCGUACAGUCAUCCUGUGCAAUGGCUGGAAGGACUAAUAUACCUCUUUCCCCAACCUUGACUACAAAGAGUCCAGUAAUGAAAAAACCAAUGUGUAAUUUUUCAACUAAUAUGGAAAUACCACGAGCAAUGUUCCACCACAAACCACCCCAAGGCCCACCUCCCCCUCCUCCACCUUCUUGUGCUCUUCAGAAAAAGCCAUUAACAUCCGAGAAAGAUCCACUUGGCAUUCUUGACCCUAUUCCCAGUAAACCGGUGAAUCAGAACCCUGUUAUCAUUAAUCCAACUAGUUUCCAUUCAAAUGUCCACUCUCAGGUACCUGUGAUGAAUGUAAGCAUGCCUCCUGCUGUUGUUCCUUUGCCAAGUAAUCUCCCUUUGCCAACCGUAAAACCUGGUCAUAUGAAUCAUGGGAGUCAUAUACAAAGAGUUCAGCAUUCAGCUUCAACCUCCCUGUCCCCUUCUCCAGUGACAUCCCCAGUGCACAUGAUGGGGACUGGAAUUGGAAGGAUUGAGGCAUCGCCCCAAAGAUCACGCUCAUCUUCCACAUCAUCAGAUCACGGAAAUUUCAUGAUGCCACCUCUAGGACCCCAGGCCACUUGUAGUGGUAUUAAGGUUCCACCCAGGUCACCAAGGUCAACAAUAGGGUCCCCAAGGCCAUCAAUGCCAUCAAGCCCUUCUACCAAGUCCGAUGGACACCAUCAGUACAAGGAUAUCCCUAACCCAUUAAUUGCUGGAAUGAGUAAUGUACUAAAUUCCCCAAGCAGUGCAGCUUUUCCGACUGCAUCUGCCGGAAGUGGUUCCAUAAAGAGUCAGCCUGGUUUGCUGGGAAUGCCUUUAAAUCAGAUCUUGAACCAGCACAAUGCUGCCUCCUUUCCAGCAAGUAGUUUACUCUCAGCAGCAGCCAAAGCACAGCUAGCAAAUCAAAACAAACUUGCUGGUAACAACUGUAGCAGCAGUAGCAAUUCUGGAGCUGUUGCUGGCAGUGGCAACACUGAAGGACAUAGCACUUUAAACACCAUGUUCACUCCUACUGCCAACAUGCUUCUCCCAACAGGGGAAGGGCAAAGUGGUCGAGCAGCACUAAGAGAUAAGCUGAUGUCUCAGCAAAAAGACUCAUUGCGGAAAAGAAAACAGCCACCUACCACAGUGUUGAGUUUGCUCAGACAGUCUCAAAUGGAUAGUUCUGCAGUUCCUAAACCUGGACCCGACUUGCUAAGAAAGCAGGGUCAGGGUUCAUUUCCCAUCAGUUCAAUGUCUCAGUUACUACAGUCUAUGAGUUGUCAAAGCUCUCACUUGAGUAGCAAUAGUACCCCGGGUUGUGGGGGCUCAAAUACUGCUUUGCCUUGCUCUGCUAACCAGCUGCAUUUUACAGAUCCCAAUAUGAACUCCAGUGCUCUUCAGAAUUCACUGACACAGAACAUACCUUUGAGAGGGGAAGCCGUGCACUGCCACAAUGCAAACACUAACUUUGUUCACAGUAACAGCCCAGUCCCAAACCACCAUCUUGCAGGUUUAAUAAAUCAGAUUCAGGCUAGCGGGAACUGUGGGAUGCUCAGUCAGUCGGGCAUGGCUUUAGGAAAUUCAUUACAUCCCAAUCCACCUCAGUCAAGAAUUUCAACGUCCUCCACUCCAGUGAUACCAAACAGCAUUGUUAGCAGCUAUAAUCAAACAAGUUCUGAAGCAGGCGGUUCAGGACCAUCAUCCUCCAUAGCCAUAGCUGGCACCAGCCACCCUGCCAUCACAAAGACAACAUCUGUUCUUCAAGAUGGCGUCAUAGUUACCACCGCAGCUGGAAACCCACUGCAGAGUCAGCUGCCUAUUGGGAGUGAUUUUCCUUAUGUUGGCCAAGAGCACGCACUUCAUUUUCCAUCCAACAGCACUUCAAACAACCAUCUUCCACACCCCUUGAACCCCAGCCUCCUCAGUUCUCUACCUAUCUCUUUGCCAGUGAAUCAACAGCAUCUCCUAAACCAGAAUCUAUUAAAUAUCCUCCAGCCUUCAGCAGGAGAAGGCAAGUCUGAGAUCAACCUCCACCCUUUAGGUUUUCUCAACCCGAAUGUAAACGCUGCUUUAGCUUUUCUCUCCGGUGACAUGGAUGGGCAGGUAUUGCAGCCUGUUCACUUUCAGCUCUUAGCAGCCCUGCUUCAGAACCAAGCCCAAGCAGCUGCCAUGCUUCCCCUGCCAUCUUUCAAUCUGACCAUCUCAGAUCUUUUGCAACAGCAAAAUACCCCUUUACCCUCAUUAACACAGAUGACAGCCCCACCAGACCAUUUGCCAAGCAAUCAGUCAGAGAACAGCCGAGCUGAGACCCUUUUAACCAGCCCCCUGGGGAACCCUUUACCGAGCUUUGCAGGCAGUGACACUACUUUUAACCCCCUGUUCCUCCCAGCUGUCACUGGGGCCUCAGGAUUAAUGGCCUUGAAUCCCCAGCUGUUGGGAGGUGUCCUGAACUCAGCAUCGGCCAACACCGCUAAUCAUCCAGAGGUUUCCAUAGCAACUUCCUCCCAGGCAACCACUACCACAACCACUACAUCAUCAGCAGUGGCAGCACUGACUGUCUCAACACUUGGUGGGACAGCAGUGGUGUCAAUGGCAGAAACAUUGCUGAAUAUAUCUAAUAAUGCUGGGAAUACACCUGGUCCAGCUAAACUCAACAGUAACUCUGUGGUGCCACAGCUACUUAACCCUCUACUGGGGACAGGUCUGCUUGGUGACAUGUCCUCAAUAAACAAUACAUUGAAUAACCAUCAACUGACUCAUCUGCAGUCGCUGUUAAACAACAAUCAGAUGUUUCCUCCAAAUCAGCAGCCGCAGCAACAACUUCUCCAGGGGUACCAGAACCUGCAAGCAUUUCAAGGACAGCCCACAAUUCCUUGCCCGGCUAACAGUAACCCUAUGGCUUGUCUGUUUCAGAACUUUCAGGUGAGAAUGCAGGAAGAUGCAGCUCUCCUAAACAAAAGAAUAAGCACUCAGCCGGGGCUCACAGCUCUUCCUGAGAAUCCAAACACCCCACUUCCACCUUUCCAAGAUCCAUCUUGUGAGUUGCAGCCAAGGAUUGACUCAUCUCUUGGUCAGCAGGUGAAGGACGGCCUCAUUGUGGGCGGCCCAGGCGAUGCUUCUGUGGAUGCCAUUUACAAAGCAGUGGUUGAUGCAGCCAGCAAAGGAGUGCAGGCUGUCAUCACCACUGCAGUCAACAGUACAACUCAGAUCAGCCCCAUUCCAGCUCUGAGUGCCAUGAGUGCCUUCACUGCCUCGAUUGGUGACCCAUUAAGUCUCCCCAGUGCUGUCAGUGCAGUCAUUCAUGGACGAAACAUGGGCAGUGUCGAUCAUGAUGGUAGGCUAAGGAAUGCAAGAGGGGCUCGGCUGCCCAGGAAUCUGGACCAUGGGAAGAACUCAAAUGAAGGAGAUGGGUUUGAAUAUUUCAAGUCAGCAAGUUGCCACACAUCCAAAAAACAGUGGGAUGGGGAGCAAAGCCCUGGAGGGGAGCGAAACAGGUGGAAGUGUGAGGAAUUCUUAGAUCAUCCAGGCCAUGUCCACAGUAGUCCUUGUCACGAAAGGUCCAACAAUGUCUCCACACUGCCAUUUCUGCCUGGGGAACAGCACCCGGUACUGUUACCACCAAGAAACUGUCAAGGGGAUAAAAUUCUGGAGGAAAAUUUCAGGUAUAAUAACUACAAAAGAACUAUGAUGAGUUUUAAGGAGAGACUAGAGAACACUGUGGAAAGAUGCGCACACAUUAAUGGGAACAGACCUCGACAGAGUCGGGGCUUUGGAGAGCUGCUGGGCACUACAAGGCAAGACCUGGUCCUAGAGGAGCAAUCUCCAAGCUCCUCAAAUAGUUUGGAAAAUUCUCUAGUCAAAGACUACAUCCAUUACAAUGGAGACUUUAAUGCCAAAAGCAUUAAUGGGUGUGUGCCUAGCCCUUCAGACGCUAAGAGCAUUAGUAGUGAAGAUGACCUAAGGAAUCCAGAUUCCCCUUCUUCAAAUGAGUUGAUACAUUAUAGGCCAAGGACGUUCAACGUUGGCGACUUGGUCUGGGGCCAAAUCAAAGGACUCACUUCUUGGCCUGGAAAAUUAGUAAGAGAAGACGACGUUCACAAUUCAUGUCAACAAAGCCCCGAGGAAGGGAAGGUGGAGCCCGAGAAGUUGAAGACACUAACAGAAGGUUUAGAAGCCUACAGCCGAGCCCGGAAAAGGAACAGAAAAAGUGGAAAGCUAAAUAACCAUUUAGAAGCUGCUAUUCAUGAGGCCAUGAGUGAACUGGACAAAAUGUCUGGGACUGUUCACCAAAUCCCACAGGGAGACAGACAAAUGAGACCCCCCAAACCCAAGAGGAGGAAGAUCUCCAGAUAACAGGGACUACUCCACCAAUGCGCAGUGUUUAUUAAAGGAACGUGCACAGAUAUUAUCUCUAUAUAGGUAUUGAUAUAGCCACUGUUAUAUCAGUAUUUAUACUAUGGCAGAUAGCUACCACCACCACAGGGUGCUAAAAGAAACAGUGAUACGAUAUUUUUUUUUUGAUGAGGAAGGAUAAUGAAUGCUGGAAAACCAAUCAAAAUCCCUGAAUGAUGAGAGUAAUAAAUGGUCAAGAGAUUACUGAGAAACUUUUUCUAUAAUACUAAAAUUGUGAUUAUAAGAAAUGUCCACAUGUUUCUGAAGAAUUUUCAAUGUUGUAUAUAGAAAAUGCAGAAUUUCAUGGCGAUAUCAGAAAUGUAAAUAUUGUACAAUAUUGUCAUGUACAAGCGUACCUAAUGCACACUUUAUCUUUUAUUGUACAAAGAAAUAGUGUACAAAAUCCUUUGGUUUCUAUGGAGUACACCUACCAGAGACUACCAGUGUAAAGUGAUAAAUAAAAAUACAACCUAAAUGCUUUUCUAUGAUAAUGUAAAAGAUGCUGUUUUUGUAUUUAACAGCAGAGAAAAGGCAUGACGAUGUAUUACCUGAAUUAUGACAUACAUUGCACACCACCGAGUGUCCAUUUCUAUUGUCUGUUUGGAAUGAACCUUAUCCGGAAGCACUGGACCCGAUUUCGGGUGCCUAGGAAAUCAAAACCUUGCAGAUUCCUAAAGGGAUGAGGGCUCACAGGUCUAAAUUAAGAAUUCAGAAACUGCAACCAUUUGUUGCAUAUUUUUUUUACCUAAGUUUUAAAGUAGAAUAGGUUUUAUAAAAAAAAAAUCUUAGAUGGAAUAUUUUACUCAGUCAUUUCUGUAGUUAAUGUUUGAUAGCCACCUCUUGACUCAGAUAGCUUAGGCCUCACCACCACGGAUGCUCAGAGUUUAAUUUUUUUGGCAAACAAUACCGGACAAGAUAAAACUCUGUUUCCACACCUGGAGGCAAAAGCCCCCCUUCAAAACCAUUAUCAGAGGUAAGGUUGAUUAGAAGUCAGUUUUCUUGUAGUGGCAAAAAAAAAAAAAAAAAAAAAAUACCAAUCAUCACAGCAAGUGUCAUAGUCAUUCAUCAGUAUUACUCAAACCAGAAGUGAAGGUGGCUUACAAAAUUAUUAGCAAUGGUAAUUUUUUAUCAGUAUUAUGUAACAUAUCAGAUUUAUUUUAUUUAAAGAAUUAUUUAUACCAUUAACAGAUUCUUAUAUAUAUUAAUGUGGCUGAAAUGUGCAGGUUAAAUCUAUUAACCAAAUUAUUUAUAUUAUAUUAAGUAAGAAAAAAAAUGUGAAACAAAUGUAGAGAGAAAAUACUACAUUACAAGUAUACAAACCUAAAACUGUGAGCCAUUGUAAAGUACAAGGUUAUUAAUAAGAAAUGUAGCACAACAUGAUUUUCCGUCUUUUUUCACGAUUUUUGUGGUGGUGGUAUAACCCUGUCUCCCACGCACUUGAGAGAAGUUCCAGGCCUCCAGCCUGACUUCAGCUGAUAGAUUGUCAAAAGAAGGGAUCCAUUAUCCCUUUAUUCUUAGAAUCACCAGCCCCCACCCCUAAACCCAUAAACCCCUAGAGAGCACUCGCUGCCUUGUCCCCUAGCCUGGGGCUCACUCAACAGCUUCAUGCUCCGGUUGCCGGGAGCCCUUCAAUAGCAGGCUCUGGACCCCCAGAUGCCCACCACCUCCACUAUCCCUCCUCUCUCAUCCACCCCGCAUACUCCUCACUCCCACGAUGUAGCAGAGUUCCAGUAACUCAGGAAAAAGGAGACCAAGGUCAUUCUUCCAGUUGGUUUCUUGGGGCCACAGCACAGAGCACUCCACCAGGGCUCACUUUUGAUAGCAACAGCUCUUAGUUCUUCCCCCCAGGGUCUCCUGGGUCUCCUGUGUCUCACUGUACUUUCACUCCCACCCUCACCCCUACCCCCACGCCUGAUGGAAUACAACUGGCACCCAGGCUUCAUGGCCUGGAGGCAGGAAACCUUCCUUGUAGGGGUAGGUCCAUUUUGUCUUUCAUGUAACAGUGGGAUUGCCUGCCGGUCCUUCGCGCAGUCACCCUAAGUAAUCUUUUGUGUAGUUCAGUUGACACAUCUUUGCGUGUUUGCUAUGUUUAAACCAUAAAUGUCCUUUGUUGUCCCCCCACCGAUCUGCUUUUCUACUGUUCUGUCUACAUGGUUGUUUUUAUUCCCAGAUAGAUCCAUAUGCGUGUUUGUGCAUGGCGUGUGUCUGCGUAUAUGUGGGUGUGGAUGUGUGUGUUGAUACGUAGAAGUUUCUUUAGCCUUUCCUGUCUUUAGAACGAGUUUGUGUCCACCUGGCCUUCUUUUAGAUAUUUUAAACUAAUUAGAUGUGUGGUUUUUCACCAAUGUAUACUUUACAUCUGUAGACCAUGUAAAGUAUGUUUGUGCCCAUGAUUUCACUGGUUGCUUAUGGCUUUGAUGUGGCUGCUAGGUGUUGUUGUUCCAGUCCACAUGGGGUUUUCCCCCCUCUCUUUUACAGUUCUAUGGUUUCGUGUAAGCAGUUAAUGUAAAUAUUGUUAGCAUUACAGGUCAUGCAGUGCUGUAACAUUUUUUUAAAUGUUGCACCUACUUUACAAUUAAAAACUUGGUCACUCAUACUUGAA